CUAUACUAUAUUGUUGUGGUUUUCGCUCUCGUCGUGUUCCGUCGGCGCGCAAUAACAAUAAUAAAUAAUAAUACAUUAUUUAUCGCGUUUCGUCCGGACCGGCGACUGUGUUGUUUGCGUCCGAGGCCAGUUCCACAAGACGUGCGAGUAUAGUCCAUCGGCGAGACGAUGAGGUUGAUUAUAAUGGAUAAUGCAAACAAAGUUUCGGAAUGGGCUGCCAAAUAUGUGGCAAAGAGGAUAAAACACUUCAACCCAGGACCCGACAGAUAUUUUGUUUUAGGUUUACCAACGGGUGGAACGCCAUUGGGUAUGUACGAGUACUUAAUCAAAUAUUAUAAGGCCGGAGAUAUUUCGUUCAAGUAUGUCAAGACUUUUAAUAUGGAUGAAUACGUGGGAAUACCAAGAGAUCAUGUGGAGAGCUAUCAUUAUUAUAUGAUGACAAAUUUUUUCACACACGUCGAUAUAGAUCCAAAUAACGCACAUAUCCUGGAUGGCAACGCCGUAGACUUGCAGGCAGAGUGCAUGAAAUACGAACGGCUGAUAGAAGAGGCUGGCGGGGUUCACUUAUUUAUUGGAGGCAUCGGUCCGGAUGGUCAUAUAGCGUUCAACGAGCCCGGUUCGUCAUUGGUAUCUAAGACUCGAGUGAAAACUUUGGCCCGAGAGACAUUGGAGGCAAAUGCCAGAUUUUUCGACAACGAUAUUGAUAAAGUCCCCAAACGGGCAUUGACGGUUGGCGUAGGAACGGUUAUGAAAGCCGAAACGGUCAUGAUAUUGAUCACAGGAUCACACAAGGCGUUCGCUUUACAUAAAGCCAUCGAGGAAGGAGUCAAUCACAUGUGGACCGUUUCGGCGUUUCAACAACAUUCAAAAACAAUUAUAUUAUGUGAUGAGGACGCUACAUUAGAAUUGAAAGUUAAGACUGUAAAAUAUUUUAAGGCUUUAGGUGCCGUUCAUGAAAAGCUCAUUGAAGACAACUCAGAUUCAUAAUUAUUCACAGAAUAUUUUUUUUAAUUCAUAAAAAGUACACGAAUGAAUAGUUAUCAAUAUAAUUGUAUAUAAUAAAUUAUAAUAUUAAUUACUAAGAGAACUUGAUUAAAAUAUUCAUAAUAUUUAUUAUAUCUAAAUAUCUAAUACAAUUUAUACAUAUUUAUUAUAAUAAUAAUCAUAAUUUAAUAUUUUUUUUUAAUAUAUAAUAUAAUAAUAUAUUAUAAGCA